AUGACGGGUGUUGACCGCAUUCACGCUCAGGGCAUGCUCGGUGCGGGCGCCCGCGUUUCCAUCAUUGAUACUGGAAUCGAUUAUUUGCACCCAGCUCUAGGAGGCUGUUUUGGUAAGGGUUGCAAGGUUGAAUUCGGCUAUGACUUUGUCGGUGACAGUUAUGGAUUUAACAGCUUCAUACCAAACCCAAGCCCGGACCCAAGACCUGGGCACUAUGAGGGUUUUCACGGCACACAUGUUGCAGGCAUCGUCGGGAUGGAAGUACCCUCAAAUUCGUCAAUGUUUAUAGGCCUUGUGGGAGUUGCUCCACGAGCUACUCUUGGCAUGUAUCGGGUCUUUGGUUGCGAUGGAACAGCUUCAGACGAUGCAAUUGUCACUGCUAUGCAGAAAUCAGUCGAAGAAGGCGCUGAUGUUAUGAGCAUCUCCAUCGGCGAGUUCGGCACUUGGUCCGGCUAUCCGAGGUCACCUCUCCCAGCCGCGGUUGCUGCUCUGAAAGCGAAGGGCGUGGCCGUCAUCGCCGCUGCUGGCAAUUCGGGCACGCAGGGCAUGUUCUCCAUCAACCUGCCAGGCGGGGCAGAUGAUGCGCUUGGCAUCGCCUCGGUUGAGAACUCCAAGUUCCCAACAUAUCCCAUCCGCGACCCCAACGGCGCCGAGUUCUCAUAUGGAUCCCUGCGUCCUUUUCCGGAGGGCGAAUAUCUUGUUGCGUGGGCUGAUAGAAAUACGAGCAGCUGUAAAUUUGGCUGUUCGGCUUCCGAUUACCCACCAGCUAGCAGUCUUUCGGGGCCCAUUUCGGAUUACAUCCUCGCGAUAAUGAGAGGCCCCUCAUGCUGGCUGACACAAGUUCAGUCUUAUGCCUUUGCCGCCAAUUAUACUCGAGUUAUCACAUACCCUGAUCCCACAAUCAAUGACGUUUUUAUCAAAGGUCAUGCUGUAUCAACACCAUCUUUAACUCCUGACGGAUCAGUUUUUCCGAUGGGCAGCGUGAUUGACGACAGUUUUUCAAACGCAGCCAAGAGUCUCGGGGGCUACAGAUUGCUUGUUGAUUCUCAGACACCCCUUGUGGUUGAUCAAUUUGGCGGCGGUUCACCAAACAAUUUUAGCAGCAUUGACUUUGCUUUUAAGCUUGAGCUGGCUGCUCCGGGUGGAAUGAUCCUAGCAACGUUUCCUCUUAUGGAAAACAGCGGCGGUUAUGGCAUCAUCAGCGGGACUUCAAUGGCCACGCCAUAUGUAUCAGGUGUCUAUGCCCUGAUCAAGUCUCAAUAUCCCUCCUUAUCUGUUAAUGAGAUUUUCGAGCUCAUGCAAACAACGGCUACACAAGUCAACAUGGCAAACCUCAACUUGAUGGCUCCCACCCUCCAGCAAGGCCCAGGUCUUGUCCAAGCCGACAAGGCUCUAUUCAUGAAAUUAGUCAUUUCCCCCGGAAAAUUUGAGCUGAUAGGCAAUUACGAAGCUUCGUUCACCAUCGUCAAUCCUUCAGACAGCGAGGUGACCUACAGCUUCACAAACAUUCCUGCGGGUGGGACAGUGUCGUUUUUGGAAGGCGGAGACCGCUCUUCAGAAGUUGACUACAUCCCUCUGUCUUUCUCGGCAACAAUUGAUUUUGCACAUGAUAAUCAGGCUACAGUUCCUUCCGGUGCCUCACUCAAUGUGUCGUUCCUGGUGACUCCCCCCUCAGAUGUAGACGCCAGUCAGAUACCCAUCUUUUCUGGCUUCAUUGGCAUUGCCUCUUCAGCCAACGAGACUUUCACCAUCCCAUAUAUAGGGCCUGCAUACAACUACAGUAGCACACCAGUUGUUGGGCUAGUAAAUGUUACAGAGAAGCAACGAUCAAACGUCUUGACACCAUCACGCGACCCCCUAUCUGCUCCUCAAGUCUUUGCCAACGGUGAUAAAGCUGACAUUGGCAACUACCGGUCUUUCUCUUUUCAAGAUCCUGAUUAUCCCGUCGCCUACUUCCCGAUGCCUCGGCCAGUCCGACAAUUCCGCUUCGAUAUCGUCCGUGCUAGCACCAACUUCACUCCGACCUGGUAUGGCUUCGACCCCGAUGCCAAACUGGAUAACCUCACAGAGACCGCCAUGACUGAGAACGACACCGUGGCAGGUGUUCGCAUUCUCGGUUCAAAUAUCAUACAAAACGGAUGGCUUCCGCAAACCGACUAUCAGGCAGGCUGGUCUUACAGCAUCUUGGACGUCACAGCCUCGAGGGGUCUAGGGCUAAAAAAGGGCUCUUAUCGAAUCCUUCUGAGAUGGCUAAAGUUCUUUAAAGAUGAGGAUGAUCCUAAUCCAUGGGGAGUUGGAUGA